GUAUAAGAAAAAAUGGUGGACAUUGUGCAUACAGAUUACAAGUGAAUGGCUACUCCAAAAGCUCUCGCCACAAACAACUUGGGUAGUUCACUAGCAGUAGAAAAUGUUCAACUUCUUGCUUCCGAGAAUUUUAAAAAUAUCCCUCCUAGAUAUGUUCGGCCAGAGUUCGACUCCGAAGAAGUUUUAGACGAUGGUUCGAUUGAGAUUCCGGUGAUCGACAUGAACAAGCUUGGGACUGGACAGCUUGGAUAUGACGAGGAGUUGCAGAAGCUUCAUUUGGCAUGUAAAGAUUGGGGUUUCUUCCAGUUGAUAAAUCACGGUGGCAUGGAGAUCAUUGAGAAAAUGAAGGCGGUGACUGAGCAGUUCUUUAAGCUGCCACUAGAGGAAAAGAUGGAGUGGGCACAGCCACCAGAUGACAUUGAAGGCUAUGGACACCUUUUUGUUUUCUCAGAGGAUCAAAAGCUUGACUGGGCUGACGUCUUCUUCCUUUAUUUACUUCCUGUCUCACAAAGAAAGAUGAGACUUUGGCCAGAAAAGCCUGCUUCAUUCAGAUCAACACUAGAUGAGUACUCCAAAGAGAUUCACAGAAUUUCAAUGAGCCUCUUUCGGUUAAUAGAAAUAAACCUGGGAGUUGAGCGGGGCAACCUGAGCCGUCUGUUUGAUCAGGAUUGCAAGCAAGGAAUUAGGCUGAACUAUUAUCCGCCUUGCAACCAUGCCAACAAAGUCAUCGGCCUCAGUCCCCACUCGGAUGCAGUUGGUCUCACUCUCUUAGUUCAGGUUAACGACAUCCAAGGAUUGCAAAUGAAGAAAAACGACAAAUGGUUGCCUAUAAGACCAGCUCCAGGAGCCAUCAUUGUCAACAUAGGUGACAUGCUUGAGAUUAUGAGUAACGGAGAAUAUAGCAGCAUUGAGCAUAGGGCUGUGGUAAAUUAUGAAAUCGAACGUAUAUCUCUGGCAACAUUUCAAAUGCCAGAUCUCGCGACAAUGCUUGGUCCAUUGCCCGAGCUUGUAAAUGAAAAUCAGCCAAAAUUUGUGAAGAUGAGCAUAGAAGAGUUUCUGAGAUUGAACCUUCGAAAUACACUGGACGGUAAGCGCCUGCUGAACGAAAUGAAAAUUAAAUAUGAUCAGUAGAAGGUGCGGUGUGCAGAAUGAAUAAAAGGUUCUCUUUACCGGGAAAGCUUCUGCAGUGGGUUCUUCGUUUAAUUCGAAAUAUAUGUGCUCUACGGUGUGAUCGUAAACAUGUUUACGAAUUUCAUAGAGUAUUGAUGAGUGUUGUGUAUUGAAUAAGAUCAUCUUCUAUCAGUCAAGUUCCAGGUUCUUUUGUCAGAAUAUAGCAUGCAAAUUACAUAUUUGAUUCUUCUA